AUGUUUUUGUUGUUACUGGCCGUUUUCUUCUGUUGUGGCAUGUGCGACAGUGAGGAAGAUCUAGGAUAUAGUUUGAAUAUUGGAAACGCCAUUGACGUAUUUGCAAACUAUGGCGAUCUAUCACAAGUAACACAAGUCUUAUCAGCUGAUUACGAAGAUGAAGACAAUGUUGGGGCAGAUUUAUUUCGCGAGAAAAAUAUCAGGGUCUUCGAAAAUGUCACCAGCACGGAGUCUCCUGGUGACACAGGGAUAGACAUGAAUAUACUCCUUUGUGAAUCUUUCGAAGAUUUGGUGACAAACUACUUUCAGAACUUCAAAAUAGAAGGUACAGAAAAACCAUGGAAAGCCUUUUUGGGUGACUGGAUAAACGACGAGAUCAUGAGGACCUUCGGCAUGGAGUUCGACUUCAAACCGGAUAACUGUUGCUAUGUCCUCGUCAAGCUAUCAAAGACCCUAAAAUCCGUUAAAAUGGACUCGAUGAAUAAUAUUCGUGUUAAAAAAUAUGUUGAACGAGAAAUAGAGAACUUAAACGCUAGCGACACGACAGCGAUAAGACGUUUCAUGAAAAGCUACGGGACGCACUACAUUGAUUCUUUUGUGACUGGAAACUUUAUAUACCAGGUUUUUAAGUAUAAGAGACCUGGCUACAACCUUCUAAAAUCCUACAUCAAAGUUCGUGAACAACGAAAGUCUGACUUCGGCAACUUAAGGUUCUACUUCUCAUCCUAUUUUCUUAAGCAAGUUGGUGAUAUUAGAAUAGCUAGCGGAAACAAAAGGAUCGAACAAUGGGCACGAAGCAAUCUUCUAGACAGUCAAUAUUUAUAUUCGAGACCGAGUCUCCUCAGGGUGCAUUACAGUCCAAUAUUGGCGUAUAAGCUUAACGAAAUGUUGGACGAUGGCGCCCUUUUAGGUUUAAAUUUGAAAAUCUUAAGACCGCUGUUCAAAGAUCGGUACAAGAGGGAGAGAUAUGCAGAAAUCGUCGAAAAUGACAUGAAAUUAUGGGAAAUAAAUGCUUGAUAUCAAUAUUAGAAAAUUUUAUAUAGGACAUAAUGCAGAAGGCUGAUAAAAGGAAAUGAUACUGAUCAAAUAGUUAAGCUUGCGGCAGAAAUAAUUGUUUAUAGUUAAUAAAACACCUCAUUUAUAAAUACCAGUAUUUUAUAAAUUAAAACUAAGUAAAUUGUUAAA